GUGAUCCCAGACCAUGCUGAACAGGAGUGGCACCCAAAGUGCCCAGAUCUGUAUGCUGGAAUUUUUCACUUCCGUUUCUGGCGACUGGGCCAGUGGACAGAUGUCGUGGUCGAUGACCGUUUACCAGUCAGUGAGGAUGGAGCGCUGCUCUUCUGCCGUUCUGCAACUCCACGGGAAUUCUGGAGCGCUUUGUUGGAGAAAGCUUAUGCCAAGUUAAAUGGGUGUUAUGAGGCUUUAGAGGGAGGUAAUACAGCCGAAGCCCUAGUUGAUUUUACUGGUGGCGUCUCUGAACCAUUGAAUUUGAACCAGGAGGAACUGAUCCAGCAUGCUGACCAGAGAAAAAUGCUGUUCCAGACACUAGCACACGCACAUAGCCAUAAAGCGCUCAUCACCUGUUCCAUUCGGCCAGCAGAAGGAGAGCAGGUAGAAUCAGUUCUGGACUGUGGACUGAUAAAGGGUCAUGCAUACGGUGUGGAGGUGAAUCGUGUUUGUCGUGUACAGUGUUUAUGUGAGCAGGCUGCUAGCUCUGUGUAUAUGGACUCCCGUAGCGUUACUCUGCGAGUGAAUCUUGGCCCUGGACGCUACAUCAUCCUCCCCACUACUUUCCUGCCUGGUGCAACUGGUCGGUUCCUUCUGCGUUUUUUCUCACACUCACAUGUACGCCUCAGGGAGUUGAAGGAAGAGCUGCCUGCUCCUUCAUUGUGGCGGUGUUGUUUUCCUGAGCCCAGCGCCGUAACGACAGUCCAUCUGCUCAAAGCCUCUGGCCUUAGCCAUCCCAAACAAACAGCUCCUGAUGUAUAUGCUGUCAUCCGUUGCGAGGAAGACUCUGUAAGGACUAAACUUUUUAAAAAAGAUGGAAGUCCUCAAUUCAACACCAAGGUCAUCUUUUAUAGCAGGAACCCAAAGUCCAAAAUAUCCAUUAAGCUGUGGAAAAGAGGUUUGCUGUUGGACACUUUCCUGGGUGGAGCACAAAUUCAGACAGGAGGACAUGAGCGCUGUCAAAACAGAGUGAUUGACUUGCAGGGUGGCCAAUCGCGAGGCUGUGUUUUUAUAGAGACUUCCUCCAGGCAGUGCCUGACAGACCUGUGAAUGGACUGAACAUCUGAAACAACUACAUUUCUGCCAUGCUUCAGCAAAUGAACCCGUAAACUGCCA